AUGCUCAUCAAAGGAUUCGAAGACAUGCUCUCUUCGGUUCUUUACGGCUCUGAAUCUGCUAGACAGAAACUUCGGCAGCAAAUUUCCAAUGUCCGAAGUUUCGACGCUCAAGUCAGGAGCAAGAGGGCUGCCAGAGGCUCGUCAACUAAGUCCAAGAGCGCUGGAGGCGUAAAGGCAGGUCCAAGGAAAGACGUCGACGAGGACGACUCUGAAAGCACCUCGGACGGCGACAUCUCCUCGCUCGUGGCGAGGAUCAACCAUUGCUGA